AGCGGAACUACAGACAGGACAUCGCGGCGCUGUGAACUCUGUAGUGCGGGUCUGACCUGUCUGUGAGCCGCUACAGUCUCGUGCCUGUUUAAUCCGCUGAUCUGCGGAACCGGAACCGGACAGCAUGCAGGCGGAGUCCGGGAUCGUUCCGGACCUGGAGGUCGAUGAGGAGUUUACCGAGGAACCGAAAAUUUAUUACGAACUGAAGAGUCAGCCAAUCAAACACAGUACGCCUCAGUCAGAUCAGCAGUGUUUAUCUCUCUCCUGUCUCUCCUCGUCCCGUGUCCUUCUGCGUCAACAGUUGAUGCGUGAGCAGCUUCAUGAUCAGGAGAGAAGGGAGAAGCAGCGUAGAAGCCAUGCCCCGCCCACUUCAACACAAAGCUCUACCCCAUACCUCACCCAGAGCCCUGCCAUUGAUGUCAGCACCCCUGUGGCCCCGCCCACCAGUGCACUUGUCCCCCCUGAAGUGCUGAGGGUAAAGACCCAUUUAGAAAACCCUACUAAGUAUCACCUCCAGCAGGCUCAGAGACAGCAGGUGAAAGCAUACCUAUCGACCACGCUUGGCCCGUUUCCCAGCAUGCCCUGUGUCACUCAGGCCUCUGACUCCAGGGGAAUUCCAGCCGGUCAGGUGAACAGCGCCCCCAACAGCCCCAUGGCUUUACUCACCCUCAACUCCACCUGUGAGAGAGAGAUGGAUGAUGUAAUUGAUGACAUCAUCAGUUUGGAGUCAAGUUACAGUGAUGACAUACUGGGGAUGCCGCUGGACCCCACCCUUCACAUGGCCAACAUGAUGCCAUUGUCAGUGAAUAUGAUGGAUGUUUAUAAUAAUCAGAGUUUAGCUCCGCCCCCCAUCUCCGUCAGCACUUCCUGCCCUGAGAACCUGCCCAAUGUGAAGAGGGACUUCUGUGAUGCAGACACUCACGCUCUCGCAAAGGAACGACAGAAAAAAGACAACCACAACCUGAUCGAGAGGAGACGGCGCUUCAACAUCAACGACCGCAUUAAAGAGCUCGGCACCCUCAUCCCCAAAUCCAACGACCCGGACAUGCGCUGGAACAAGGGCACUAUACUGAAGGCGUCAGUGGACUACAUCAGGAAGCUGCAGAGGGAUCAGCAACACGCCAAAGAGCUGGAGACCCGGCAAAAGAACCUGGAGAUCACUAACCGCCACCUGAUGUUGCGGGUACAGGAGUUGGAGAUGCAGGCUCGAGCUCAUGGACUCGUCCCCUCGCCUCUCUGCUCUCCAGAACAUUCUGCUCAUCCAAUCAAACAGGAGCCGAUGCUGGUUGACUGCGAUACGCCCACAGAAGGCUACGUCACGACCUCUGACCCUGAGGCCUACGGGGUCAUGGUGAAGACAACAGCUGCCAAACUAGGUGACAUGCUGAUGGAAACGAAGUUGCCGUUAAUAACAAGCCUUUCGCCAAAGAACAGCAGCAGCAAGAGUAGCAUUAGCAUGGAGGAGAAUGAGCGCACAUGCUAGCACUUCCUGGUCUGACAUCAUGGUAAAUGGUCUGCACUUAUAGCGCCUUUUAACCUAGCGGUUCUUCACCAGUGAUGUUUUUCUGUAUUUACGUUAGAUUUAUUUUAUAUUAGACACUGUAUUGUUGAAGGGAGCACGGUAGCUUAGUGGUUAGCGUGUUCCCCUCACACCUCCAGGGUCGGGGGUUCCAUUCCCACGGCUGCUCUGUGCUCUGCUCAUGUUCUCCCCGUGCUGCGGCGGUUUCCUCCCCCAGUCCAGAGACACGCAUGGUAGGCUGAUUGCCGUGUCCGUAGUGUCCGCGGUGUAUGAAUUGUGAGUGAGCGCGUGUGUGAUUGUGCCCUGCGAUGGAUCGGCACCCGGUCCAGGGCCCCAUGUUCCCCACGACCCAGUAGGAUAAGCGGUAUAGAAAAUGGAUGGAUGGACUGUAUUUUGUUAAUUUUACUUUGUUCUGAAAUAAGUUAAAUUAAUCGGUAGAAUUAAAUGAGAUUCCGGUUUAAUCCAGUUUGUGAUGAUUUGAAUGUGAGUGAUUAAUAGAUUCAUUAACGUGUGUAUUAAUGUAGCAUAUCACUGAGAUUAGACACAUCUAUAACGAAUUCAUCUUCCUAAUCGUCCUCAGUGCACUUCAGCGUCGUUUAUAUGAACAUUAGGCACUGCAGAGACGCAGAAACGUCACACACAUGAAUUCAGCAGAACUUUUAGAUCAUUCAUUUAAAAUUUUAUUGUGUGUAGAAUUUCAUUUCCACGGUCCUGUUUAUAGUGAAUUUAUCUUAAACACAGCUUCUUCUGACAGUAAAGUUAAAGGAAACGAAAACUCUUUGAUCAUCUGAUAAAUUAGUGCAAUAAAGUUUGUUUAUUUAUUUAUUUAAUUAUGAAUGUAAACUCCAAGUUUUACUCAUUAAAGCCAGGGGGCGGGGCUAAAGGAAGUCACUGUUUCUGAU